ACAAUUUGUGCAAAAAUGGCAAAAAAAAAAAAAAGGCUGAGAAAUGGAGGACGGGUGCAAAGAGCAUGCAAGAGAGAAUGGGAGGAGAAAUAUGAAAGCAUUGGUCAGCUCUAUUGGGGUGGGGAGUAUAUAUAAUGCCUUCAACAUUAUAUACUAUGUUGCUAAAAGUCGGAGUUCCAAAGCCGGCUCAAAGUCUUGUAGCCGGCUCUCGAGGAACAGAAAGUGCAGGAAUCCCGCAAAGCUGGCUACAAAAACGGUGAGCCGACUGUAUAGAGCCGGCUCUAGGAAGUUAAGCCGGCUCUUCUGACAGUUCUGCAACUCGAGCCAUGCAUCGUACAGAGUAUUUAAUGACCCCCAACGGCUAGAAACGGCUAUUUUCGAGCAAGGAGCUAUAAAUAUGGUUGGUAACAAAUAUGAAUAAGUUUAAAGAGCAUUAUAUUGAAUAUCUUUACCUAUCAACUUGUGUUUUAACUUGAGAUUUUGAUCUUUGAGAGAUCUUUAUUUGUAAUCCUCUUCUUAUUCUAUUUGUGAGUAAUCUUGGGGGUGUGACUAUUCCUUCAAGAGUGAUUUGUAGAGAGGAUUGUUUGGGUUUAUCUUGUAAAGGGGUGAGAUUUGAGAGAAAUACUCAUCUUGUUGUAAAAGGAUUGAGUGGCUCCUUUAACCCACCCUUGUUGUUGUUAGUGGAGAGUGUAAAGGAAAUCUUUGGUGAGUGAAGCCAAGGUAGAGGAUUAGGCUCCAAGUGGUUGGACCGAACCUCUAUAAAUCAUUGAGCAAGCUCUUCUUCUCUAUUUUCUUUAAUUUUGGUUUUGUGGUUGCAAAAAGGGAAGAAUUUUUGGAACUCCAAUUCACCCCCCCUCUUGGAGUACAUUGAGUCAACAUCAACAUCUUCUUUCUCAAAUCUUGUCACGCCCCAGAACCCAAAUCCAGGGACGUGGCAGACGCCGUGCACUCGUGAGACGGGUCCCACAAGUGCACAAAGCUCGGAACUUAUCCAAAUCACAAUCUCAUGAAUAAAAUCAACCUUACAAAAGGAUGAUAAAAUCUAAAACUUAUACCCCAAUUGAAUGGCUAGCCUUCUAAUUCGUCACUCCCCUCGGUUUCCCCGUCCUCGGUUUCACUUCCUGAAAUGGUGGACAAGGAAAACUAUGAGAUAAACUCAGUAAGUAAAUAUGGAUAGCCCUU